UGCGUCAUACGUCAUGCAACGUGCGCGUACGUGACUUAUGCGUUGGCUGCAUAUUAUCUAUGAGUGUCACCGAGUGGCAUUUAUUAUUUAUUUACUGUAAUUACGCUUGAUAUCUAUCACCAAUUGUAAAUUAUAUUGCUAAAUCACAUUGGUGAAAUAUCAGAAUUUCUUCAAUCUCAUCGAAUACAUUAUUAUUUUAACAAAUGUAUGUUUUUAUUGAGCGAAUUUAAUUUCAGAUUCGCGACGAUGAGUAACUAAAAAUAAUUAUAUUAGUAUAAUUUAUAAUCAUUGCGUUACAAUUACAGAAUGGCAACAUUGAAGCAUGAUAUUGAACUACCAAGCAAUAUUCCAGAAUUAUUAAUAGAGAAGCAUGCAAACUAUCUCAUUUCUUAUGGGACUAACAAAGAUGAAUAUAAUUAUUCUCAGACUGCGCACAUGAGGAUGUCUGGAAUGUAUUGGGGUCUUACUGCUCUAGAUUUAAUGGGAAAGUUAGAGCAAACCAAUAAAGAGGAGGUGUUAGAAUUCAUUGGACAGUGUCAAAGUGACAGUGGUGGUAUUAGUGCCAGUAUACAACACGAUCCACAUUUACUUUAUACACUUAGUGCCGUUCAGAUACUGUGUAUGUACGAUGCAUUGCAUGUAAUAAACAUUGAUAAAAUUGUAAAUUACAUCAAAGAGAGGCAACAGGCAGAUGGAAGUUUUGCCGGUGAUCAAUGGGGCGAAGUGGAUGUCAGAUUUUCGUUCUGUGCUGUCGCCACUUUGUCACUUUUGAAUCGCUUAGACGCAAUAGACAUCGAGAAAGCAGUGCAAUUUGUGUUAAAGUGUAUGAAUUUUGAUGGAGGAUUUGGUUCAAAGCCAGGAUCGGAGAGUCACGCGGGUUUAAUCUAUUGUUGCGUAGGGCUACUUUCGAUAACAGGACAUUUGCAUCUGAUAGAUGCUGAUCGUUUAGGAUGGUGGUUAUGUGAGAGACAAUUACCUUCCGGUGGUUUAAAUGGCAGACCCGAAAAGUUACCAGAUGUGUGCUACUCUUGGUGGGUAUUAUCAGCGCUGACAAUCCUAGGCCGUCUUCAUUGGAUAGAUAAAAAAGCCUUGAUCGAUUACGUUUUGACUUGUCAGGAUAUCGAAACCGGCGGUUUCAGCGAUCGACCUGGAGAUAUGGUCGACCCUUUUCAUACUUUAUUCGGCCUCACCGCGUUGUCGUUGUUGGACAAGAAUUUUUCGUUAAAACCAAUUAAUCCUACAUACUGCAUGCCGGAAUACAUAAUCGAUCGUUUAGGUCUUAAACCGUCGCGGCUCGAUGCAUGAUUAUAUAACCGACGUAUUUUCGUCAUUUACUUCUUCGUUAAAAAAAUACACGACUAUAGAUUUUUUACAAAACAUCUUUCGAGUUUUAUGUAUACGACUAUCCUAACAUCCUCAAAAACAUGCUCCGAUUGAUUCUUCUGUCUGUAGAACUUAUUCUACAACUUGAAAAAUUUAAUUACAUUACAAGUAAUCUGAUGGUGAAUGGAUUACAAAAAGAACUGCAACCCGCUUUCUUUCUUUGAGAAAUUGUGUAUUUUUUGGAUAUAUCAUAUUAUUGAAGUUUUUCAUAAAGAUUCAAGAGUUUCAACUAUAGAUAUUAUUUAUUAUCAACUAUAGAUAUUAUAAUGCACAGAAGAGAGAGAAGCCAUCUUAAAGGAAUUCAUCAAUUAACACACUCGCCAUUGACUGUUCGCUGCCAUUAGAUGUUCUCUUUCGUUCGAUCCAUCAAAGACUCUAAUAAAAAGGAGUUGACUUUUA